CAUAUGCAACGAUGAUGUAAACAAGGAAGUGGCUAAUGCAAGCAAAACAGAAAAGAGAAAUGAAAAGGAGACUUCAGCGAGUCAUUUCGCACAUUUUACGAUACUGACUUUAUACUGAAGUUUUUUUUUUUUUAAAAAGAAAACCUUACAUAGUUUGUUAGUUACAGCUUUCGUCGGUAACAGUUAUUCCUCGGGUCAGGGUUGUUAGCAUUGAAUGAAAAAUGGAGGAAACACACAAGAAGAUUCUUCAGCGCAACAGGAUCAAUCUCGUGAGAGACUUGGACCCAUCCAAACUCUACGAUGGCCUUCUUGAAAAAGGAGUUUUCACCCAAGACAUGAUCGAUGAGAUAAAGAGCGCAGGGGUCAGGCGUGAUCAGGCCAGACAGUUAGUCCGGGACCUAGAGACCCGCGGGAGCCGGGCUUUUCCUUUAUUUCUGGAGUGCCUUGAGGAGACAGAUCAGCACAGUUUGGCAGAGCUCCUGCUAAAUGCAGCUCCAUCAGCAGUUCAGCUCCAGCCUUCAUCACCCACCAGGGUUGUCCGCCCUGUUGUCCAGCCUCUUCCAGUUACUUCUCCAAUGGAUGUUGAUAAGCAAAGAAAAGAUGUUGCCCCUGUCUAUCCAAUACAGAGACCCAGUACUACUCCCAGUCCAUCACCUGAGAGGGAGAACAUAAGACCAAGGCCACAAGGCAGGACACGGCGGGACAGUUUUCAGAGCUAUAAAAUGGAUGCCACGCCAUGCGGACACUGUCUCAUCAUAAACAACGUGGAGUUUGAAGCGCAGAGCGACCUGAACAAUCGCACAGGUUCCAACAUAGACAGCGACAAGCUGGAGAGACGAUUCAAGGCACUCAACUUUAUUGUGGAAGUGAGGACAAACCUGAAACAAAGACAAAUCAAACAUGAGCUGUCAGCGCUGUCUAAGAAAGACCAUUCCCAGUAUGACUGCUGUGUGGUUAUCAUGCUGUCCCAUGGGACUGAGGUGAGUCACAGCCGCUUCCCUGGUGCCGUGUAUGGUGUGGACGGACAGUACGUCCCAGUUCAGUACAUCACAAACUACCUCAAUGGCCAGCAUUGCCCGUCUUUACAAGGAAAACCCAAACUCUUCUUCAUCCAGGCCUGUGGAGGAGGUGAAAAAGACACAGGCUUUGAAGUGUCCCCCGACGAGUUCGAACCAUCCAUGGGUGGAGAAGAUGACCAGACGGACGCCAUUCCGAUGUCCUCCAGCAGCGACUCUCUCAGCAUGUCCGAUGAACCGGACGCCAGAGCCACGCUGCCCACCCCAAGUGACAUUCUGGUGUCCUACUCUACUUUUCCCGGUUACGUUUCUUGGAGAGACACUCAGUCAGGUUCCUGGUACGUAGAGACUCUGGACCGCAUCCUUGAGGAAAAUGCUGCUACCGAUGACUUGGGCACAAUGUUGAUGAUGGUGAACCACGAAGUCUCCCAAAACUCUGCAAAGGGGCUCUACAAGCAAAUGCCUGGUUCCUUUAACUUCCUCCGCAAACACCUCUACUUUCAAACCCAACUAUAGAGGCAAUGUUAAGCUUAACAAAAUCUCUUCAACCAUCAGGGAAUGUUAGUCUAUUUAAAGGUCAUACAUCAUGACUGUAAUUUCUUUGGAUUAUGUCUCAACAGAUUGCAAUAUGUAUGAAUUUGCUAAAUUGUGGCUGUGCUUUUACUGACUCAAUCAUGUCUUACUGUACAUUUGUAUUGUUUGUCAUGUAUUACUGUGUUUUUUAAAGCUGGCAUCUUUUUCUAAAUGAACUUUAUAGGGAUAUAUGUCAUGAAAAAGAAUAUUUGCAUACUGUGAAAAUGUUGUUCAGGUUAGUUUUUCUAUAUUCUUGAUUUCUUAUCGACACAUUGCAGUUGUCAGUUUUCAAGAGUAGAUAAUCAACAUACUGUUCAAUUUGUACUCAAAGUGAUUUAAAAGACAUGUCCUUUUCUGACUCCUAUUUCAAGUCUCUUUAAAACACUGAUCUUGGUAACAAAAUGG